AUGUAUGAUUCUGUUUAUGACUACCCUCCAACUUUAUCUCCAUAUCCUUGUCCAAUAUAUAUUCCUCCUUCAGAAGAUAUUACACCGACUAAUGAAAAUGUUAACCCUUGUCUGUCUAAUUCCCGGGCAAGAAUUCAACCAACAUCUGUUGAUUUUCAUCGUAUUCGUAAAAUGCACAGCAGUAUGAAACAGUUUUUUUCAUUUAGUGGUAACAAAAAAGAUAAUCUACCUAAAAAGUCUAUUGCUAAUCAUGUUCUGGGGAAGGAAAGGGACGUCAUAAAUCCAUCAUUUUUUGACUGUGAUAACAGUAACAAUAAUCAUUCAGUUCCCUCCACUGGUAACCUAUCUAGUCGUUUAUCAAUCAACAGUUCAAACAAUAUAAACUUUAAAGGUACUGUUCUGCGGUCAUUUAGUUGCACGCCUAAGUCGAUUUGUGAUAACAAACAUAGAGUUAAAUCACAAGUACUUAAAACACAGAACGUUUCACUGAAUGCUACAACUGCUACCACUUUUACUAUAACAACAAAAACUAAUACUACCACUAAUAAUGAUAAUAUUUGUGACAGAAGGACAAAAACAAAAAAUGAUCCCACCAUGUGUAGAAUUGAUACGCGAAGUCGAUUACAUGCUUAUUGUUCUAGAACUAAACCCACCAACGGUUAUGAAUCAUCUUGCUCAAGUGUGUAUAGUAGAAAUUCAAAUCAUGCGAACUAUAAAUUUAGUAUUGUAAAGUCUCCAUCCACUUGUCAAAACCGUUUUACAUUUGAAUCUAUUGUUAUUGCUAUUUAUUAUUUUCAAACUUUCGCUUGGAUAGUCGCCAUAAUAAGGAAUAUUAUUAGACAGAUUACAUUUUAA